AUGUCUGAAGAAUCGGUGGCUGCACCAGCGCUUUCAACGACGCAAGGCGAUGAGAUAUUCGAUUUGGGCAAAUUUGAUGAUGUUACGAAAGAUCGAUCAGGUUAUUUGGGCCAAGUCCCUGAUAAUCGAACAGAUCUGGUGCGGCUGAUUUCAAAACACUAUCUGGUGGAGGAAAUCGUGCAGUUUUUGAAUCAAAAUGUUGAGUUUCGUAAGAUUACUUUACAGUUUCCGGAUUCGUUGGUCCAGGAUGCAGCACUGGUAGCGCAAUUACUGGAGCAAAGUAUCACUCAGGAGUCUGUCGGUGUUAGUGUUGAAGUACAAGCUACGUGUCGUGAGGAUCGUUGCUGUGGUUCUAGCUCUGACUCUUGCCAAAAUCGAGAGGCAGCCGAAGAGAGAAGAAUUUGGAUUCUGGCAGAUACGGCCUAUAGUGCAUGCUGCGUUGACGAAGUAGCUUCCGAACAUGUGAAUGGCGAUCUGGUUAUCCAUUUUGGAGAUGCAUGUUUGAACGCCGUUCAGAAACUGCCCGUGCUUUACUGCUUUGGUGAACCGUUCUUCGACGUAGAGGACGCAGUUGCACAAUUCCAACAAAGAUAUACCAGCCAUGACGAGAAAGUGGUACUUAUGGCCAAUGCACCCUACACGUGCCACCUGAAGUCGCUUCACGACAAGCUGCGAGCCCUAGGAUAUCUCAAUGUGCUUCGGAGUGAUCUUAAUGAAAGCUAUGCAGGCCCCACAGCGUCUUUUGUGGGGCGUCAAAAAAAGAACAGCGCAUUGCACACUGUCUUCACAUUAGACAACAGGGUCAUUCUGAGCGACGAUCAGACGCUCAGUGUGAGUGAAGAAGAGCUUCAAGACCAGUACGAUCUGUUUCAUAUCACAAUACCUGCGGACCCGAGGCUUCUUUUUCUGACGACCAAGUUCAGAUCUCUGAGCAUAUACGACCCUUCUGGUAAGUCUGUGUCGCAAGGUCCGUUCCCAUCGCUCAUGCGCCGCUACAAAUUUAUGCAUGUUGCCAGAACAGCUGGCACGAUAGGGAUUCUUGUCAACACUCUAUCGCUAAGGAAUACUAAAGAGACUCUGCGGCGUCUUGCAAAACUCAUCAGAGACAACGGGAAAAAACACUACAUGUUUGUGGUCGGGAAGCCGAAUGUAGCGAAACUUGCUAACUUUGACUCCGUAGAUGUAUGGUGUAUCUUGGGCUGCGGUCAAGGUGGGAUAAUUGUUGAUCAGUACAACGAGUUUUACAAACCCAUUGUCACUCCGUAUGAGCUCUCGAUGGCUUUGAACCCCGAAGUUACAUGGACAGGUCAAUGGGUUGUUGAUUUCAAGCAAGUAUUGGAGGGUCUAGAGGACGACCCUGACAUCAAUACUGCACCAGAAAACGGCGACACCGAUGCUCCGGAAUUUAACGCUGUAACGGGACAAUACGUCAGCACUUCAAGGCCACUGAGGAACAUUGCACACUUGGAAAUCAGCGAUCCGCGUGACAGCGACAACAAGCAGCAUGCUACUCAACUAGUAGAGAAGUUUUCCGGUGCUGUGACAAUUGGCAACACCUUGUCAACUUCUGCCAUGCAUCUUCAAAAUCGACAAUGGUCGGGUCUGGGAAGCGAUUUCACACCAGAAAAUUUCGAAGAAGACGGUGCAACUGUUGAAGAAGGUGGCAGCGGGAUAGCAAGUCAAUAUUCUUUUGACAAACAAAAUAAAGCAUCGCGUUAA